ACGGUUUUGAGGGAGGAUCGCUUGUUCCGGUUUAAGUUCAGACUGGCAUCAUUAUGAAAACCGAAAAACAGUCUGAGAAGCAAUUGAACGAACAGAUAAAUAAAACACAAAUGUGCAGGAUAUGUUUCGCGUCCAUUUGCUUUAGGCUACGAAUAUGAUCGCCUCGCAAGCAGUGCUAAGCUAAAGUAGUUAUAAUCACAAUGGUAGAAUCUCUCUUCCUCCUGGUUUGCCUCUUGGACCUGCUUGUCCAGAGCUCCUGCCUGCAUACAGAAAAGACGGCCGCCUGCACGAUCGAAGAUCGAAUGGCGGACUGCAGCCACCUGAGCCUCAAAGAGGUGCCCGCUGAUCUGCCCACUGACAUCACUGGGCUAGACGUAUCUCACAACAUGCUUCGAGCGCUGCCAGGCCCUGCCCUGGCUCGGUACCCCAAGCUGGUCCUCCUAGACGCCAGCUCCAAUGACAUUACGCACCUAGAAUCCGGCAUGUGCCUUGCCCUCCCCCUCCUGAGGGACCUCAUACUGCAUCGCAACGAGGUUCACCUCCUGAUCGACAAGGACUUGUUCAACUGUACCAACCUCUCUCUCCUCGACCUGUCCUUCAACCGACUCAAACUACAUGGGGAGCCUUUUCUGCCCCUGAAGAGUCUAACCACACUGGACCUGUCAGCUAACAGCCUCAUCUCAGCCAGGUUGGGGAUCGUGCCACAGUUGUGGAACCUGGAUACAUUGAUCCUGUCGAAGAACUUCAUAAAGAUUUUAAAGAGCGAUGACCUGUCUUUCCUCAGCAAUUCCUCCAUCCAGACACUGAUCAUGUCCUCCCUACCACUGAAAACGCUUCAGCCUGGCUGCUUCCAGCAAAUCAGAGGACUGCGUAAUCUGGUGAUGGAUGGCUCUGUGCUCAGCCCCCAGCUCACUGCUAAACUGAGCGAGGAGCUGUCAGGGACGAGCAUCGCCAGUCUUUCUCUUCAGAAUAUUAGGCUGGUAUCCCUCACCGAUACCAUCUUUAAAGGUCUGCAGGACACUAACCUCACCUCUCUGGACCUGUCUAGCAACAGUUUAGUGUCAAUGCACAACAGUCCCUUCAAGUGGCUUGGCACUUUAGAGAUCCUGUCCCUUAAUGAGAGCAAUCUCAAGCAUCUGACCAGUACCUCAUUCAUAGGGCUGGGGAACCUCAGGUUCAUGAACCUCACCAGGGCGCUAGUGAAGAGCCACAAAUCAUCCUACCCUAUCAUCGACAACUUCUCUUUCAGCCCGCUGACCAGGCUGGAAACCCUGCUGAUGGACCACACAGCCUUCCAGGGGAUCACAGCCGACCUGUUCUCAGGCCUGGAGAGCCUCCGUCACCUGAGCCUGAGCUGGAGCAGCGUGGGCCUUAGGACUGUGAACAACGGCACGUUUGCCUCGCUGUCCCGCUCGCCGCUCCGCACGCUGGACCUGACGGCCACGGACAUCUUGCGCCUGGACCCGGGAGCCUUCUCGGGCCUAGGGAACCUGACCAAACUACUGCUGGGCUCCAACUUCAUCUCCCAGACCCUGAUCGGUGAGGAGUUCCAAGGGCUGUACAACCUGGAGGAGCUUGACAUGUACCACAAUAAGAGGAUCAUCCUCAGCCCUUUGUCCUUCAAUCACAUGCGCUCCUUGAGGACACUGAUACUGGGGCUCGCUCUGGCACAAAAUCAGGACUUCAACCCCUCCCCAUUCCAGCUGCUCCACAACCUCUCCACUCUGGACCUCAGCAACAACAACAUCGCCAACAUGAUGGAGGGCCUGCUGGAAGGGCUGGAGAAGCUUCGGGUCCUCAGGCUGCAGCACAACAAUCUGCAGCGCUUGUGGAAGAGUGCCUACCCAGGCGGGCCUGUCUCCUUCCUGCGGGGCCUGCACAGCCUGGAGAUCUUGGACAUGGACAGCAACGGGCUGGACGAGAUCCCCCUCACGGGGCUGAGCGGGCUGGCCCAGCUCCGGGAGCUCAGCCUCGCCGGGAACGUCCUGGACCACCUGCGGGACUCCAUCUUCGACGACCUGACCUCUCUGCGGUUCCUGCGGCUGCAGAGGAACCUCAUCACCUUGGUGCCGCCAGGCGUGUUCGGCCCCGCCCUCCGCAACCUGAGCGUGCUGCACAUGGAGCGCAACCCCUUCGACUGCACCUGCGAGAGCAUCCUGUGGUUCGUCAACUGGCUCAACACCACCAACGCCAGCGUGCCUCAGCGGGGCUCCGAGUACAUCUGCAACACGCCCCCUGCUUAUUUUAACAAGUCCGUGGACCAGUUCAACACCCUGUCCUGCAAGGAUAUGGCCCCCUUCUAUAUCCUGUAUGUGAUGAACAGCGUCCUGGUGCUGGUCUUCAUGGUAGGUUCCCUCCUGUUCCAUUUCCAAGGGUGGAGGAUAAAGUUCCACUGGGAAGUCAUGGUCAACCGCACCCUGGGUUUUGCAGAGCCGGGCCUGGGGGAGGUCAGAUUUGAGUACGAUGCCUACUUAAUCCACGCGCAGGCAGACAGUACGUGGGUGGACAGACACUUGCUCCCUCUAGAGGAGGACAAACAGUAUACUUUCUUUGUGGAUGACCGUGAUGCUGUACCGGGCAGAUCCCAACUGGAGUCCAUUGUUGAGGCCAUGAGAAGCUCCAGAAAGAUUGUGUUUAUCGUCACAGAAAAGCUUUUGAAUGACCCCUGGUGCCGAAUGUAUAAGGCACAUCAGGCCAUGCACCAGGUGAUCGAGGACAGCCGAGACUCAGUGGUGCUGGUCCUGCUGGAGGACAUCCCGGACCACAGGCUGAGCCGCGACCUUCUGAUCCGCAAAGGCAUGCUCAAGUCCCACUGCGUCCUGCACUGGCCCCUGCAGAAGGAGCGUGUGCAGGCCUUCCGACACAAACUGCGGGUGGCGCUGGGCUCCAGCAACUCUGUGCAAUAGGAAUGUGUGUGUGCGGGUUCCUUACCCGUUGUCCUUCUGCCUGGCUCCUAGGGGCCAGGGCAGCGUAUGCAUGUAACAAUUUGCUGUAUGUGCCUUCCUGGUGUUGUUAAAUCACUUGAUCACCUUUUCAAUAGGGUGGACCUUGAUCCAUUGCAUAUCUCCACAGUUCAUGCAGUUGUCCCAGUAUUGAAGUUGACCACUUAAUCCUAAAGCCAAGUCAACUUAAUCCAGAACCAUGCAGGUCCACCUUUCAUUCAGCAGCCAUGUUGAACCAAUUUAUUAUACGUCAACUUCUCUUGUCCUUUUUAACAGUGUGUUCACUAUAACAAUACAAUUUACUAUGCAAUAAAGAAACCAAAAUAGUGCAUUUUGAACCUCAUACAGGUUUUUAUUACCAUAUACCAUUUGUUUCUAGUACUGUAUGUUGAUACAAUGACUUGUAUUUUUGGCUGUUUGUGUAUUUUGGAUAAUGAUUUUAUUGCCAUGGCUUUACAGAGAUCCUUCUUGAAUAAAACUGACGUGCCAAUUAUUUUUUACUCUUUCAAUGGGUCAUUUUCAGAAAGAACCCCUUACUCUUGUGUUCUAGUGACAUCUAGUGGCUGGAUCAUGACAGGGUGGAAUUUUCAUUUGAGUUGCUUUUACAGUAAGUGUCAUCUAUAGCUGGAUAUAAUUGUUGCACAUAAUUGUUAUUUUUAACUAACUAAAAAUAAAUGUACAUCUACUAAACAAAGACAGUGUACAAUCAAAACAUUUAAACAACACCAUUACUUUAAAAUGAUGAAAAUGUGAGCAAUCCAGCAUGAAGAUUUCACAGAUUUCACUGUAUAGAACUAUAUAUUUUUAUUUCAAUACAUUUAAAUUCAUGUUUCAAUGAUUUUUUUUUUCCGGUAAUCCCAUUAUUUUUGAAAACCAUAUGUGUCAAAAUUACAAAUUGCAAAUAAAAUCAAAUAAAGUUGUAUAUACUGCUGUCCAUAA